AUAAAAGAGUCGAAGUUGUGUGAUAUGUGCCAAUAUGAGGAUGUCGUCGUUCGUGACGAUGACGAUGAUCAAAGUGUUGUUUGCUUGUGAUGGACGGACAAAAAAGUGAGCCAAAAAGGCAGCCGAGAAAAACAAGGUCGCGAGGGUAUAAAGAAUGAUAUAUCGUGGCCGAUGAAGAAGAGAAUACGAAUACAAGUAAAAGAAAGAGCGAGUGGCUUCGUCGAGGAAGGCGAAAAAAAUCGACGACGAGGCGGCAGCAGCAGCAGCAGCAGCAGCAGCAGCAGCAGAAGCAGCGGCGGCAGCAGCAGCGACACAAGCAAAAAAAUCAACACCAGGUCUGAUGUUAGCGGAUAUUAACGGUAACCUGGCGGACCUGAGAAGCGAAGCGAUGGCGUCGCAGAGAUUUUGUCUGCGUUGGAACAACCAUCAGAGCAAUUUACUCUCCGUUUUUGAUCAAUUGCUUCAUGACGAAUCGUUCGUUGAUGUUACACUGGCCGUUGAGGGUCAGCUGCUUAGGGCGCAUAAAAUGGUCUUAUCGGCGUGCAGUCCUUAUUUUCAGGCUCUAUUUGUUGGUCAUCCUGACAAGCACCCUAUAGUUAUUCUCAAGGACGUCCCAUAUGUGGAUAUGCGAAGUCUUUUAGACUUCAUGUAUCGUGGUGAGGUGAGCGUCGAUCAGGAUAGAUUAACCGCUUUCCUGAGGGUCGCUGAGUCUCUAAGGAUAAAGGGUCUGACCGAAGUGAAUGAGGACAAGUGCGAUUUGCCCAGCAUCACGUCAUCACUUCUUGGCAAUCAAAACACAAUACCUCCACCACCUCCGAACCUUCACCGAAUAAACCAAAUCGGACCUCAUCAUCAUGUAUCACAAAAGAGGUUCCAUCAUAUGUCGAACCAUCCGCUUCUUGGUUCAGCGUUAACAGCGCCAAAGAGAAAAAGGGGUAGGCCGAGGAAGUUGAGCGGCUCCUCGGACACGCCAAUUGGUGAGGCUAGUACUGGGCAGGACCUACAAUCUUGUUCGAGUACUGACCUUGUGCAAGGUUCACCCGAAAUGAUGGAGAUGAAGAUGGGCAUCGAUUUCCAGAGCGAGACAACUGGCAAUAAUAGGAGUGGUUCUUCGACUAGUAGCAACAAUGUCAACAGCAACAAUAUCAGUAAUUCGGCCUCGGCGGCGGCCAAUUUGGCUGCCAGUUCGUUGUCAUCUGCGAGAAAGGACGAACCAACGGAAAAUGGUACAGAGACUCACGAAUCGUUAACGCCUAGAGUUAAGAGAGAACCAGAACCAACGCCCAGUACUUCUGCGCAAGCAUCAGAAGAAACCUUCGCGCGGCCGCAUAGUAGACAAGGGAGCGAAAGUUUCAAACAAGACUCGGAGGAAACGUCGAGUGGCUGUGGUUCGCAAUCGCCGACGCAUAUACGCAUCAACUUUGAAAAGUGCUUUCGCAAGGAGUACAGCGCGUCGAGUCUACAGGGCAAAUCGGCUACGUCUGCAGCGACGGCGACGGGGGAGGAUCCCCAACAACAUUCCGACUCGGAGUCGGAGCAGAAAAUGUCGAAAGACAAUCUGAGCAGUGCCAUAUUUAAUCUGGUCGCCGGCGAGUCGGAGAUCAGUCAAAGCGACUUCGAGGGUUCGUUUAAGGUCGAAAACGAAAGAACGGAGGGCUCGGUGCGAGACUUUUGCGUUAAGGAGGGCGACGUUUAUCGGUGUACCGUAUGUCAUCGUACCUACACACACAUCAGCAACUUUUGCCGGCACUACGUCACCUCGCACAAGCCUAACGUCAAGUACUAUCCGUGUCCGGUCUGCUUCAAGGAGUUUACAAGAAAGGACAACAUGGUCGCCCACGUUAAGAUCAUUCAUAGUCUUAAGCCGCAUAUGAAUGUCAGUAAUAGUGGUAGCAGUAGCAUGGGUCAGCAACGGUAGGCCGCUACCAAAAAUGGCCAUGAUUCGGAAAUCGUUCAUUGCGAUAAUCUCCUGCUGUUGCCUCCUCUCUGCGAGCUGUCGCAUCAUAAACUAGGCCGCAUCAUCGAAUUUGCGAUAACAAGAGGAUAAGAAAUAAGAAAAUGAAAAUGAAGAUGAAGAAAAUGAAAAUAAUGGAGUCGCAGAGAGGAGGCAGAAUGCGAUCAUUAAAAUCGCUUCUGCUGACACGAGAAAUAAUCCUUAAAUGGAAAGAAAAACAAUGUUCUCGCGAGAUUAGGUCGAUUGAAGGAUUCUGGUAGUAGAGUUUUGGAAAAAGAAGAAUCAUGCUUAACUGUUUCAUGAGAGUGACACAAAAGAUGAAAAGAUGAAUAUUUAAAGAAUUAUUAUGGCUGCCUUGACGAAGUUAUAUGGUUCGAAAGAAAAUCCUUUCUAGCGUGAUUUUAGUUGAGGUUUAUAGCUUUCUUCAGAUUUAUCGUCGAGUAAAAAGUUGUAACGAAGAGAACAGAUCGUAUAUAACGAGAUCGAAGGGCUCUACUUUCUUGAAAAGAAAAGUGGUGAAAAGAUGGAAGGGGAAAAAAGAAAUAUUGAGGACGCGUGGAACAUUUAAAGUUACAAAACGAACGAGCUUUACCGCAUAUCUUCCUCAUAGGGAUUUAGCGGAUUAUACACAGAUGAUUAUAUGAAUUUAACAAAGAAAAAUUUAUUAUUAUAUUAAAAUAACAACCGUUCGACUCAUGGCGUCACGUCAACGUAAGUUACACGUUGUUUGACGGCGGCCAGAGAAUGCGGUUAUAAAAUAUAAAAUACGAAGUGGGGAUUGGGGGGAGGGGGGAAUAAGUGUUGUAUAAAAAUCCAAAAGAAACAAAAAAGUGUAACGAGGAAGAAAAUACUAAUUGCAGAAAGAGGGUAUAUUUACUACUUGAGAGACUUAGUAUAAAAAUAAUAAUUACGCAGAAAGAAAAUCAAACGUGUUGUACGUGUAGUAGUUGAUACAUUUCUAAAAGAAUAAUAACAUGCGCUUAACACGAGGUUAUAUAUAAAACACGAUCGUUUUGGAUGCAUAAGUACGCGAUUAUAAGUAAAUAAGGGAACCACGUAGACUGAGUAAAUGCAAUAUUACGUACGAUGACCAUUCGCCUCCAUGUUGUUGAGUCGUUUGUGGAUGAGCUUCUUCGGAAAGCUCGGUUUAUCGCGGUUUAUCGUUAGUAGCGCACGUAAUUCUUAUCGAUGAUAAAAUAUAGAAAAAGAUAGAGAGGAACUAAGGCAGGAGAGUAAGGAGGGUAGUUGUGAAGCGAGCUAUAAACGUCGUUACGCGAUAACACGUGUGACGUGUAUAAUAAGAGAGACCGGGGUUUUUGAAGAGGUAGCGGAAGGCAGAAGGAAAUAUCGAACGAUAAAUUUUUGGAGCGGGGCAUGCAAUUUUUUUGAAAGACUGUAGAGGGACGAUUUUAACGACACCAAAUACAAGAUAGUACUGACAUUGGAUAGACUGAAGGCACUCUAGUAGUAACUUAACGCCGUGCCAUGCUGUAUCGUACCCGAUCGAGCUAUGUACGUCGUCGACCCGUCGUCGCCGUCAUCGUCCGGGCCGACGACGAUUGAUCUUUACGAAGUCUGUGCGCGUCUCAGGGCAUGUUAUUAAGAUUUAAGUAUAACCGCGCACGCGUGUGUAUGUGUGUGUGUGUGCGUGGCGUUCCUGUUCUCGCUUAUAUCUUCUUAAAAUAGAGGACGAAUGGGGGUAGGAAAGGAGCUUGGAAACAAAAAGGAAAGAUAUAGUGGAUGGAAUUGAAGAGAUAUCAAGAAAGGAAACAAAAUUUACUAGUCUAUCUGUAGAAAAUUUAAGAUCGCUUACAGGAAAUAAAAUAAAACAAUCAACGACUGUAUUUUCUAUAUACAUAAUAUUAUCUCGAGUAAUUUCAAUGUCGCAUUUUUAAAAUAUUCUUGAGUCGUGUUUUUAGAGGGAAAACGAACCUUUGGAGACUGACUUACGUUUUUGAUUUAUUCCAAAUAGUAGCAAUGGAAGAAAAAAGGGGGAACAAAAAAUAAGAGUAGAAAUUUAAUCCUGAAGAUUGCUCGAAUGUGGUAAAAAAAAAAAAAAAAAAUCAAAAUUGAGAAAGAAAUUAAGAUCCUUUACCCAAAAGUAACAUAUUUUGUCUUUGAAAAAUUCUUGGAGCUUAGAGCUGGAAUAGGAUUCGAGGGUGAGAGAUAGAAGAUAUGUAUGCAACCGCGAGAGCUUUGAAAACAAAAAAAAGAAGGAAAACAAACAAAAGAAAAACAUUUUUAAAUAUUUGGCCGAAAGGGUUACGACUAUGGCAAUGGUGUAUAGGCUUAGUCACGAGAAAAAAGCACUAAAAUAUACAAUCGUAGUUGUAAUGAAAUAAUAUUUUGCACGUUACACUCUGACGGGGCUCUCUCCAGCCAAUAUCUGCGUUCGUGGUUGGCCAGUUUCGCAAACGGAAAUCUGCCUUACACGUGGACGACGACAACGACGACGACAACGACAACGACAACGACGACGACGACGACGACGACAACGACGACGACAACGACAACGACGACGACAAGGACGACGACGAUGACAACAAUGACGAUGAAUCGUUUGUUGUUACGCGGGAGAGGGGACCGAGACGAUGAUUUGUAUACAAAUUUUUCUCUUUCUUUUUUUUCUUUUUUUCUUUUUUUUUCCUUUUUAUUUUUUCAACUAGUUGGACAUAGACGUUAGACAAGAUUAGAGGCUAUACGAUAGUAUAAUUACAAUAUUACAGCUAUUAAUUAAUUAUUACGAUAACCGAAACCUUCUCCGUUGUUACUUUAUAUAUAUAUAUAUAUAAAAAUAUAUAUAUAUAUAAAGAAAUAUAUAUAUAUAUAAAUAUAUAUAUUAAAAAAAAAAAGAGAAAAAACAGAUAAGAACAAAAUUAAAACGCUCGUAUGAAAAUGUAGCGGUGGUAAUAGAAUGACGACGGGAUUAGAUAGUUGUACUUGAAAAGUUCUACGCUGUCGCCCACGAUUGCGACCAGUGUUACUGUUCGUGUUCGUUCGUUAUAUUCGAGAGAUAUCAAGCGUUUAGAAAGAUUAAACAAAGAAAAAAGGAUGGAAAGAAGAAAAACGAUAGAGACGAUUAGAAAUCUAGGAGGGAGAGAUAAAAGUAAUAUAAGAGGAUAUGAAUUAUAUAUAUAUAUAUAUAUAUGUAUAUAUAUAUAUAUAUACAUAUAUAUAUAUUAUUAUUAUUAUUAUUAUUAUUAUUAUUAUUAUUAUUAUUAUUAUUAAAAAUAUUAGAAGAUAUCGCCGCCAGAAAAGUAUAACAAGGAGAACGAAUUAGAUUUUACCAUGACGUUAUGCUUUCGAUAGGAGGCAAAUGAAAAAAGAAAUAGAAAACAGACGAGUAACGUAUAGGAAGAUAGAAAAUGGGAAUAUCGGGCUGAAACGUGUCGUCGCGUAUGCACGUGUGUUUUCCAUAUUCCAUAUCUCUUGGGCUCGAUUUUGUAUCACGAGAAUAUAUUUGAAACUUUCAUGGACCAAAGAAUAACAGCUAUCACCGUCGAUGGUGUGUGUGUGUUUAUAGAUUGAUGGAUUUUUAAAGGUAGAGCUUAAGAUCGUUUUCGUUCUUUGAUAUAUAGAACUACUUCGUCGCCUGAAAUUGAAAUAUUUCGUCUUGGAAACACGAUUACGGUCAGACUUGAACAAAAAGGAAAAAAAGGAAUCGCUUUAUGUUUGAGAGAUGGGUCAAAGGUAACCCGUCCAAAGUGAUCGUUGUUUAUGGUGGUUAGCGAAUGGGAGGGAUAGGGGAUCUAAAAAAUAGAUGGAAAAGAUAUAAAUUGAUAUUUGUUCGUACAUACACACACAUAUAUAUCAAUACACACACACACACACACACACACACACACACACACACACACACACACAAUACAAAAAGUGCAAAAAGGCAGCGGCUAGACAGCUUAUAUCGAUUAAUAAAGUAAAACGAAGAAAAAGAAAUAACAAAAAAAAGAAAAGAGAGAUAAUGAAGGAAAUAAGAAAGAAAACAAAAUAAUAAGUAAAGUUAUACACUCACAUUUGAUAAUCACUGAGAGGCUAAGACUAACUCAAUUUUAGAUGGCAGAAAGAUAAACGAUGUUACGUAGGAAAACUCUACGAGAGGGCAAAGAAAGCACGAUGUUAAUGAGGAGAUAUCGUGCGUUAGAUUAUAUAUAUAUAUAUAUAUAUAUAUAUAUAUAUAUAUAUAUAUGUAUAUACAAUAUAUAAAUAAAUAAAUAAAUAAAUAAAUAAAUAAAUAAAUAAAUAAAUAAAUAAAUAGCAGGGUAUAAGAGAUGCUCCUGGAUCGCCUGCAAAUCUAUAUACGUCUCUAGUAAAUAAAUUUCCGCGAACCGGUUGAUUAGGUGAUUCUUUUAGUUUGUAUGGUUAUAUUAGUCGACUCGUUAGUAGUUGAAACGUGUAAGGAAAAAAGAAAAAUGGACAAAAGUAAAACAAAUCGAGCGACUAAGUUCGCUCGAUGAUCGUUGGUCGGAUUUGUAGGCCUUUCAUAGAGUUACCGUUGGGAAGAUGUACGAUUUUUAUUAGUUCCCAUACACAUACAUAUAUACGUAUAUAUGUAUAUGUAUAUGUAUAUAUAAAAGUGCGAAGCUACUGUGAUCACGAUCGAAAAGUUUGGCGUAAGAGACAAAAUGGCAAGGAGAAAAACUCGUUAAAAAAAAAUCAUUUCUUUGACUUUUAUCUCGACAUAUCGGCAGGCUUUAUACAAAUCGGUUGAAUUUAUUUAUUUUUAGUUAUUUUUUUAUUUAUUUAUUUCUAUUUUUAUUUUUAUUUUUUUUUCUCUUUCUCUUUUCCCUCUCACAAAGAUACGUGAAAUAACUGUACACCGUACUUAUUUGCACGAAAGAAUUGUUUAUUUUUUACAAGUAGCAUAAUCUCCGAAUGUGUAUUCCAAACUCCUUAGUGGCAUCUCAAGGCUCGUGAUCAAAGAGUUAAGAAUUGAUGUCUGUACAAAAAGAAGAAUGUGUUCAAAAAAAAAAAAAGGAAAAAAGAAAUAGGUGAGAAGAACGUAGUAACUGAUAUCGAAAACGUGUUCUUAAAAUUUAAUCGUACGCCGACGUUCGUGUUUCGUGCGUACACGCGUUGCCUUCAACGUUGUUAUACUUUAGAAUUAAGAUUGUUGAAAAUUAAUAAUAAAUCGCAUUAUAUCGACGGAAGAGAACGUUCGCAUCGAGUACGAGAGAAUCGAUAAAGAUUCUUUUAUCGUUUAACGAGAGGUAAAAUAUUUUCUCUCGCGGUACAAAAUUGAAAGUUCAAAUCGUCCGAAAUCUUUGUAACGAAGAAGAAACGACGUGUCGUAUUAAGGCGUUUUGAAUGCAGAAGAGAGAACGUUACUUGUAUUUUUCGAUAAAAAAAAGGGGGGAAAGGAAACAAAACAAUAGGAAAAAUUGAUAGAUAGGAUAUCGAUAUCACAUAUUGAAAAUGUUUAUAUAUGACGUGACUCGUUGAUAUUAUAACACAAUGCAGCUAUCUCGACGAGUUUUAUUAUGAUUUUAAUUGAAAAAAGAAAAACAUAUAAAAUGUGAGUUUUCGAAACAUGUAAUGAUUUUGUGCUGUUCUUUUUUUUUAAACGACUCUCUUACGCCAAUCGUGGUCGGUAUCGCAGUCGUCUCGUUGAAGAAUUUCGUGUUAGGGACAUAUUUUAAUUAAUUUAUGCAUCGUGGGUGGAAUGGGUUUACAUGAAAAUGCAUUAAAACGAGAAAGAAAGGAGAAAAAAAGAAAAAAAGAAAAAAUUAAAUAGAGUAUAUUAUAUUUAUACCCGUGUUUCUUGCAAGGGUGUGUCGUGCCAAUGUGUUUAUUCUUUGUACUUUCUUCUUCUUCUUCUUUUUCUCUUUCUUUCUUCUUCGUUUGCCCUUUAUAAAAGGGAACGUUAGUCAAAUAAACUUUUACCAUUAAGUUCUCGCGCAUCAUUGGCACUGGCGACUAUUGCAAAGAAGCACCUUGAAAGAGAACGGAAGAAAAAAAAUAAGUAAAUGAUGAGGCUUAAAAAGCAGACUGUACUAUCGGAUAGAUUUUAACACAUAUACACAUAAACGGACACUUACACUUACAAGAAUAUUCACAGUUCGCACUUACACACACACACACACACACACACACAAAUUGUUUCUUCAUUUUUCACCCUUCUUUGUCCUUUGUCGCCGCAUACGUCCUUUUACUCUUUAUCCUUACGUACCUUUGUCUACUUCAUCUGCCUUCCGUCUAGCCGUUUCACUGUGUAGAUGUGUGUGCGUGUAAUUACACACAAAUACACACGACACGUUAAUUAUUGCAGUUAUCAUCACCAUCAUCGUCGUCAUCAUCAUUAUCGCCAUCAUUUAUUAUUAUUAUUAUUAUUAUUAUUAUUAUUAUUAUUAUUAUUAUUAUUAUUAUUAUUAUUAUUAUUAUUAUUAUUAUAUUAAUUAUUAUUAUAUUAAAAAUUAUAUUAUAUAUAUUAUUAUUAUAUUAUAUUAUAUAUAUAUAUAUAAACAAAGGUUAUAUAUCGAAUAUAUUUUAGCGCUAGUUGGUAAAACCUAUUAACGUCGUUGCAGUUUUGAAGGAUGCGUCAGAAAAUGAGAGUUAAAAAAAAGACGAGAAAGAAAGAAACGAAAGCGGUUGACUUUUAAUUUUAUAUGUAUAUACGUUGAAUUAACGUACUUCAGUGGGAACCAGUAAAUAAUAUAUAGUGGAGUAAUCCCCCGUUUGGUGCCUUUUUAAGCGACAUAAAUAAUGACGAUGAAAGAAAGAAAGCGAUACGAAGAUGAAAAUAAUAAUAAUAAUUUAAUAAGAAGGGAAAAAAGAAAGAACAAGAGAGAAUAAAUUGUUAUUAUAAAAAAAAUCGGCGAUCGCGGGUGCGCGUUAAAUACAUAUAUACACAAAUAUACAUACAGAUACAUCUAUACAUACAUAAUAUUCAUACAUACAUACAUUCAUAAAUACGUACGUACAUACGUAUAUAUACCUGCAUGUGCAUAUCCCUCUAUUUCGAGAAAACGCGCUGACGGCGAUCGCAUUCUAGUGCCAAAUAAGAAUUAUAAGAUCUUAUUAAGACGCGUAAUAAUAAUAAUUAUAAAAAAAUGAAAAGAAAAAGUGCGUAAGAUAAACAAAAAAAAUGAAAAUAAAUAAAUAAUAAAUAAUAAAUAAAUAAAUAAAUAAAUAAAAGAGCAGAGAUGAAAACGAUGAAAUUUUAUAGGGAACUUUUUAGAGAAGACGAGUCUUUUCUGACGCUGGGUAGAAUUAGUAUAUUUUAUAUGCACUGAUUGUUUGAUUAUGACUAUCAAUAAUAAAAGGAACGGUGUUCAAUAGAUUGUAA